AACAAACAUACUUGAACCAGUCAACAUCACAAGAAGUGCUAGCUCUGAGCAUAAGAAAUAUUAUAGAAAAAAAUAACAAACAGAAAAAAUAGAAUUUAUUAUUAAAAAAAAUUAAGUUUGAAGAAAUUCUAGAAACCAAAAAAACAUAAAAUAAUUAACAUAACAAGAUUUUAAUAAAAUAAACAAAAAACUUUUUUUCUUUUAAAUAAUUUAAAAAGAAAUAAAAUAUUUUAAACAGUUUAACUUAUAAAAAAAGAAUAUAACAACAUGACCGGUUUCGAUGUCAAAGGUACCUGUCUAAUCAGCAAAGCCAAAUCCUCUGCCAAUGGCACCGAUACCACAAAUGGCACACGCAAUUCCUAUACAGCCAGAGAAAAUUCCUCUGAACAUCAAACUUCAACCACAAAUGAAUUGACUCCAUCCCAACAAGUUGAAAUGGUGAUAAACGAAGACAAUUACUGCUAUGAUGUUAUUAAGGAUAUUGCUGAUUACCUAUUGGAACGUACUUCUAUAAGACCAGUCAUUGGCAUUAUUUGCGGUUCCGGUUUGAAUUCCUUGGCCGAUAAUAUCACCGAUCAGCAAACUUUUGAAUAUGAAGACAUACCCAAUUUCCCCGUCGCUACCGUAGCGGGUCAUGUGGGUCGCAUGAUUUUCGGUUUUUUGGAAGGUCUACCCGUUAUGGCCAUGCAGGGACGUUUCCACUACUAUGAAGGUUAUCCAUUGGCCAAAUGUUCGAUGCCUGUGCGUGUAAUGAAACUGGUGGGUGUACGCUUCCUAAUGGCCACAAAUGCUGCUGGUGGUCUCAAUCCUAAAUUCAAAGUUGGUGACAUCAUGAUUGUUCGCGAUCAUAUCAACAUAAUGGGCUUUGCUGGCAAUUCACCCCUGCAAGGACCCAAUGAUCCCCGUUUUGGUCCCAGAUUCCCACCCAUGACAAAUGCCUAUGAUGCCCAUCUCAUACGCACCGCUCGCAAAGUAGUCAAAGAUAUGGGCAUUGAGAAUGAUGUCCAUGAGGGUGUCUACACUUGUUUGGGUGGUCCCAACUAUGAGACCGUAGCCGAAUUGAAAAUGUUGCGUAUCAUGGGUGUGGAUGCUGUGGGUAUGAGUACCGUCCAUGAGGUCAUUACCGCCAGACAUUGUGAUUUAACAGUAUUUGCCUUUAGUUUGAUUACAAACAAAUGUGCCACCGAUUACGACAGCGGUGAAGAGGAGGCCAAUCAUGAGGAGGUUGUAUUAGUGGGCAAUUCCCGCCAAGCCAUUUGCAGUCAAAUUAUGUGCCGUGUCGUUAAAGAAAUUGCAGUGCAAUGCAAUUUGACGCCAAAGAAAUAAAGUGUAUACGAGAAUUUAAGGCAAAUAAAAGUUUGUGUUUAGGUUAAAUAUUAUUAGAUUUGUAAUGCGUUUGAAAAAUAUAUGUAAUAACUUCGGUUUUUAUUAAUAUGUACGUAUUUUUAUGAUUUAAAAAAUGACAAGAAAAUAUAUGUAUGUUAAACUAAAUUAGUAGUCAAUAGAUUUGACCGCAUAGAAUGUACUUUAACAAAACAACUACUUUUAUACACGAUUGUUAAAAAAAAGUUUAGUAUAUAAAUAGAUGCGUAGAAAAAAAAUCAAAAACCCUUAAAAAAAUAAUAAAAUAUAUAAAAUUUUCUUAAGAGAAAUAAACAA